UGUCCUAGUGUUAGCAUGUAAAAUUCUUGGUAUACGAUUAAGGUAACUUACUUCUCGCGUAGUUAAAACGAACAGGUUGUUCUCCAUGCAUGGGGUCGGAUCGAAUGCUAUAUGGCCAAGGUUCAGGAUUAGCUUCAUUCAUAACACGAUCAGAAAUGUUAAUUAUCGAUUUUAUGUGAUUGUGGUUACUGCAUAAUCAUCUAUCAGUGGAUGGCUGAGAUGAAGAUCAAGAAUGAAGUACCACUAAAUUAUUCGAUGGCUUGAUCUUGAUCUGCACCACUGACUCGAUAUCUCAUUUUCGUGGCUUUUCCUUCUGUUCUGGCUCUGUUGAGCCAGUGUGGCCUGAGCUGAGGUAGUGACUAGUGCCUAGGAUAGGGGAGCCGAGCCGAUCUGCCGAGCCAAGCAAGGGGCAUCGGGGGUCUACGGUGUUGAGCCGUGCAGUGCAGUGGAAUUCCAUUCUAUCCACCCCAAGGCCAAGACUCAAAGACACGUCUCAUUUGGAGUUGGAUGUCUGUAGUUCUUCAUGAUAAACAGUUGUAGGGGAGCACAGAGUUGGGGCAGUUCGGAUCCCGUUAGAUCUUCAUAUUCUGAAUUUCAAGAUGAUCUGCACAAAGAAGACAAUAUGGAAUCUGAAGAUGAAAUGCCCUCUUUAGGGGCUAACCACCAUAAAAUGUCUUCCUUCCAUGCCAAAGGAAUCAACCAAAGUGAUAUGAAGAUGGGAUCACAAUAUCCUCCGUCUCGUGCUGUGAGCACGUUGACGAUGAUCCAGCCAAACAGGGUCGGUGCGGCUGGUACGCAGGUGGUGGUGAAGAAAGAACAUGCAAUCGUCCUACGGAAGUACAAGAAAAGAAGAGGGUCUAAUGCAAGUUCUCUCAACAUGUUACAAGGAGGAGAUACUGAUCAACCAUGGAUUCGAGAGAAUAUUCUGAUGAGAGAGUGUACCCGCUUCACACCGGCUCCUCCUGAUCCAAAAGACAGAAAGAGAGACGAAGAUCCCAAGUGUCAGUGUAAAAAGAGGAGGAAGAAACACGAAGAGAGAUUUUUACAGAACCCAGACCCAACGGCCAAAUGGAAAGUAGAAACCCAUACCCAUACUCUUGCCACAAAUGCCUACGGGGAGAUAGAGUUCAUUGGGGCUGUUGGAGGGGCUGUGGGCCAGAAAGCAAGGAAGUUCAUAAGAGUGGAUUAUGAUACUGCUCCUUCUAAGCUUCUCUCCCUCUUUCAAGAUGUUUGGAAGCUUCCCAAACCUAAACUUCUCAUCUCGGUUACUGGAGGAGCACAAAACUUUCCCCUCAAUCACAGACUCAAAGAUGUCUUUCGCAAAGGCCUCAUCAAAGCUGCUACCAGCACAAGUGCUUGGAUCAUUACGGGAGGAACCCAUGCUGGUGUGAUGAAGUAUGUAGGGGAUGCUGUCAGGGACCACACCCUUGCUAAUGGGCGGAGCAACGUGGUUGCUAUCGGGAUAGCGUCAUGGGGGGUGAUUAGAAACAGAGAAAAGCUCAUAGAUGAUAACGGCAAGUUUCCAGCUUCCUACAACAUGGAUGCCAAAAAGGGUAAUACAAUGAAUGUUCCUAUAGAUCCAAACCACACCCACUUCAUUCUCGUAGACAACGGGACAAUAGACACGUUUGGAGUGGAAAUAACGCUCAGGGGGAAGUUAGAGAAGGCAAUCUCAGAGGAACAAAUACAAAAAUCUUCGGGGAAUGAUACAGCUGUGUCCAUCCCAAUCGUAUGUGUGGUCGUGCAAGGUGGACCCAACACAAUCCAGACAGCUUAUGAAGCCAUCAGGAAUGGAACUCCUGUUGUCAUCGUUGCAGGAUCAGGGAGGGCUGCAGAUAUCAUGUCCUAUGCAUUCCAACAUACCAAAGAAUACAAAACUACAGAAGGAAAGAAAGAAAUAGUGAGGAAUGUUAUGUCAGAGACGGUCAAAGUUGAAGUUGCCAAUAUGAUCCAGAAGGAGUUUGGUGAGAAGCAAUUGGACCUUCACCUCACUCGUAUUGAGGCCUGCAUCCAGCAUAAGCAUCUGAUCACUGUCUAUGAGCUGGGGGCUAGUGCCACCAUGGAUAUUGAUGGUGCUAUUCUUCAUGCUCUUCUUAAAGCUAACAAGGGAAGGAUCCAAGACCAGCUGAGGCUAGCUCUGAUCUGGAACCGUGUGGACGUUGCCAAACGAGAGAUCUUCACUGAUGAUAGAGAGUGGGGGAAAGGACAACUGAAUGAAUCCUUGCGCUAUGCCUUGGUGAAUAAUCAGGUCAAUUUCAUUGAACUCUUCUUAGAGCAAGGGGUCAAUCUGAAGGAAUACUUGACCAUCAAGGAAAUGACCAUUCUUUACAACGAGAUUCGGUCAAAUUCACUUCUUUAUGAACAGUUGGAGAAAUACAGAGGAAAGUACUCCAAUAUCAAGUUCAAUCUUGAGCACGUUGGCAAGGUUAUCCGAGAUCUGAUGUUCGACACUUACCAGCCGCUCUACCUGCGAGAUCCAGGGGUAUACGUUCUAUCGGAAGAUGACAUCAGGCAAGACAAGUCCAAACGAAAUGAAGCAUUUGAUGACACCAGUGAUGAUGAGUCAUCAACCGAUGAGGAAGAUGAUGAGAACGAAACCGGUGCCACACCCAGGGUCGAUCCAUUCUCUGUGGAAGAAGGGCUAGCCAGUUUUGGAAAUGCCAUGAUGCCAGCAAUGCCUUUGGCCACAAUCCAAGAACACAUAGAGAUGAAAUUCCUUCCCGAAGAUGAACCUAUAGAUAUUGAUACAGGUUUCCGUGUAGAUGACAUGAAUAGGAAUGUGCAGACCAACCAGUUUGAGUAUCCUCUCCGUGAACUCUUCAUCUAUGCCAUCCUGCAGAAUUGGCAUGAUAUGGCCAAGCUGUUCUGGGAGGAAGGCAGGGAAUCCAUAGCAUCCGCACUAGCAGCAAGCAAGAUGCUCAAGGGAAUGGCCGACAAGGAAGACGACUCGGACCAGAUCGAUAACAUGAUAGCACACGCAGAAACCUAUGAAGAGUUAGCCAUAGGCGUUCUGAAUGAGUGCUAUGUGGAGGAUGAAGAACGUUCAGCCUUGCUUCUGGUCUGUGAGCUUCCAUUCUGGGGUAAUUCUACCUGCCUUAACAUGGCUGUGGAGGCAUUGGACAAGAACUUCAUUGCACACUCGGGAGUACAGAAUCUUCUCACUCAAAUCUGGAUGGGUAAAAUAUCGGAUGAGACCAGUCCAUUUCAGCUAUGGAUGUGUACCUUGUUCCCGCCAUUGAUAUAUUUUUUGGUGAAAUUCCGUGAAGAUGAGGGUGAUGAAGAACAAGCAGAGCUUGAGAAGAGACUAAGCAGCAAGAAGGAGAAGCUGGCUGCUAAAUCAGUUGAUGAUGUCUUUGUACCUGAAGGUGAUCCAAGGAAUAAGAGUAUUGAGAUGGGAGUUGUUGUCCAACCUCCUUCUGAGAGCGGUGACAGUGGAAUGGCAAGCCAGACCAGGUUACUUGAGAACAAGAACGGCCAUGCUGCUAAGCCAAAGUCAGAGGAGGAAAAAGAUGAAGAUACAUUCAGCCUUAUGAAUGCUCGCCUUGACAUCAGAGACAGUGGCAAAGAACUCUCGUGGUGGCAAAGAUUCAAGUUCUUCUACGAUGCGCCCAUGAUCACUUUCAGACAUAAUGUGUUGUCCUACAUUGUCUUCUUGGUGCUGUACAGCUAUGUCAUCCUUGGCAAAUUUGAGAAGGAAAUCUUUGAGUACGUCCUCAUCGUCUGGGUUAUUUCUUUAUUCACUGAGGAGUUUAGACAGAUUGCUCAAGGUGAAAGCAGCACUUGGAAGAGCCGUCUCAUUGCAUGGAUCACUGACUACUGGAACUUACUUGACCUUGCGACCCUGACAUCCUUUGCAGUUGGGGAGAUCUUACGGUUUAGUGGCUUCUCUGAAGCAGGUCAUGUUGUUCUUUCGUUGAACCUCAUCCUCUUCUGUAUUCGACUGCUUCACAUCUUUUCCAUCAGCAAGCAACUGGGACCAAAGCUUAUCAUGAUCCAAAGGAUGAUGGUUGAUUUGAUCUUCUUCAUUGCCAUCUUGGCUGUGUUUCUCAUCGGUUACGGGAUCGCAUCCCAGGCUAUUCUCUUCCCUGAUGAGACCAAUAUCAGUGUUAUCAUGAGAGGAAUCCUCAUGAGGUCAUACUUUCAGAUCUUUGGAGAACUCUUCCUGGAGGUCAUUGAAGGCUCUGACUGCACAGACAAUGCAACCUUAGUUGAUGGUGUGGACUUCAAUCCAUGUCCCCAACAUUCUUGGAUUGGUAUCAUUCUGUUAGCCGGUUAUAUGAUGAUCAGUAAUGUCCUACUCCUUAAUCUACUCAUUGCCAUGUUCAGUUAUACUUUCUCGGCCAUCCAGGACAACACAGAUACCUUCUGGAAGUUUCAGCGCUACGACCUGAUCAAGGAAUACUUCAACCGCCCCCCUCUCAUACCGCCGUUCAUCAUCAUCUCUCAUUUCUUCUAUACGAUACGCUUUAUCCUCCGAUGCUGCUGCCAUACAUGUACCAGUUGGCAGAUACCUGAGCUCAAGCAAUCAUUGACGGAUCAAGAAAAGAAGACACUUGUUCUGUGGGAAGGCAUCAAUUCAGAUAACUACACAGCUAAGCAAAGAGUAUUGGUUCAACAGGAUCUCAAUGAAAGGGUCAAAGUAGCUGGUGAUAGAGUUGAAGACAUGACAAUGAAACUAGACCAGGUGUUUGAUGAUGCUGAGACUCAAAAGGGUAAAUCAGGACAUCUUGGAGGAAAAGCCUUUGAAGAUAGACUAACCAGACUUGAAGACAGGAUGGAACGUACCAAUGAUGCCCUUGAUUGGAUCAUCAGUGCUCUUUCACGUGGUGGUAACGUGGAGGGCAAAUUGGCACCACCAAAACUCAAAGAGAUUAAAAGCAGAGAAGAAUCCCUAGACAUUGCUGAGGAAGAACGUAGAUUUGAAGUGCCCGUCUCCAUCGAAGCUUUAGGAAUCAUGAUCCAUAAAAAGUCUCGAGCCAGUCCGUACCCUGGGACCGCUCUUCGAAGAUUUCCUGUCCCAGAUAACAAAGUUCCUUGGGAAACGGAUUUUCCACUCUACACACCUGUAAUAUACACUCAUAAGAGUGUGAAGGAAGGACCACAUUGGGCAGACAUUGACCUGAUGAGUAUGGUCAAGAACGCACGUCCACCACUUCUAUACAAUCAGAUGGAUGAGAAAUGUAAAUACAACCGCAGGAGUCACAUGAAGGCUUACCAAAUCAAAGAUGGGCUUCCACUAAAUCCCAAAGGACGUACAGGACUCUCUGGUAGGGGUCUACUAGGAAGAUGGGGUCCUAACCAUGCAGCUGACCCAAUAGCAACAAGAUGGAAGAGGAAGUCAGAUGGAACCAUCUUGAUGGAUGAAGAGAAACCAGUCUUAGAAUUCAUUGCAAUACAGAGAGUAGAUAACCAGCAAUGGGCAAUACCAGGGGGUAUGGUAGAGCCUGGUGCUCUGGUCAGUGAGACGCUGAGGAGAGAGUUUGGAGAAGAAGCUUUGGGUGCUCUCAACAAGACAGAAGAAGAGGCUGCUGACAUCAGAGAACAUGUUGAGAAACUCUUCUUAAAUGGGGUUGAGGUAUACAAGGGUUAUGUGGAUGAUCCAAGGAACACAGAUAAUGCUUGGAUGGAAACUGUUGCUAUGAACUUCCAUGAUGAAGACGGCUCUGCCUUUGGGUCUUUCAAUCUUGAGGCCAGUGAUGAUGCUCAGAGUGUAAGGUGGCAACGAGUUAGCUCUAAGAUCCCUCUCUUCGCCAGUCACACAGCCAUGUUAAGGAAGGUUGCGGAAUUACAUAAUGCUGCAUUCUAAACGACAAAAAUAUCGGGUAACGUCUUUCAGCAAGGUGCCUUUUAAGUUUGUUCGUGAUCCAAUCUUUUUGUCUGAAUAAAAUUUGAAUUUGGAUCGACUGGAUGUUGGAAUGGAACCUAUGAAUUGUGACCACUUGAGGGAGAAUUAUAUGACUUCAUAGGCAAUUGUUUUUUUUUUUACACUUCCUAUUGAUCUCACAGUACAUUGACCUGGAAAUGUGGUCAUCAGUUCAAAAUCACCAGGGUGUUUUUCAUGCCAAUUGGCAAAUUUCUCAUUUCUAGACACAUUUUCAUUGAUAUCCUCAUGUUCCUGAUACCUAACUUUCAAUUCAACAUUUAUUUCCAAGGUAAACACAUAAGUACAUUUCUAAAGCUUGUGACUAGUGCACUGUGACAUAUAGACAAUAAAGACAUAAUGCAUGAAAAAAACCUUAUCAAUACAAAGUACAAAACGCAGCAGUGAAUGAAAUUGUUUACGUAGCCAAUUUGAAUGAUAAAGCUGAUGGAAAAAAUUCAAAUAAUUUACAUAAUAAGAAAACAUUCAAGGGAAAUGAUAUGUGUCAUUUAUACAGUAGAUGGAUGAUCUACUUAACACUUUGCUAGCUCCUGAUGCCCAUUGGUACAAUGUGGUUUGAAUGCCUUGUCAACAUGUUACAGGUUAUGAAGUGUAGAAUGUGAAAUACCAAUUGUAGAACUAUAUAUGUAUAUUUUUGUAGGACACGAUUGCUCAGUAGAUAUAGUAGAAAUAAUAAGUUGGGAGAGAUGUGCAAUUUCUUUCAUAGACUGACUAAAUCAUAGUACUUGCCUUAGCUAGUACCAAAUCAAGAUUUUUUAUGUUGUGUAUAGAUCUACAAUGUGUUUUAAAAUGAUUUUCUUUGAUAAUCAAAUGUUAUUUUAAACAGAAAGUGCACAUGUCACCAUGUUGGCCUUUUUAAGCAGGAAAAAUGAUAGAAAGGUAUUAAAGGUCAAAACCAUCCUAACUCAAAGAAAU